AUGGACAAGGUUCAAAGUUCUUUCACCCUUCUAGUUUUGUUUUUAAUGGAAUGCCCACUUCUUUUAUGCUUGCCUUAUGGAGGUAAUAGGAAAGGUGAUACACGUAACCGUAUAAAGAACAACCAGAAUUUUAUAGCACACUCAACACCCACGAACACCGACACCUGGAAUGCAGCACUGAUUUCGCACAGACCUGCUCUUGUUCAAGUAGUUAUAAUUGCGUGUGUAGCCUUUAGCAUUGCCCUGAUAUGUGGAAUCGCUAUUUCCUAUGUGAUAUAUCGGCUGGUCCAGGCUGAGGAAAGACAGCAACUGGUGUGGCUUUGUAACAAUGUCAGGACACCGUUCCUGGGAGAUGAUGACGAUGACGUCGACGACGACAAGGAAGACUCGGAGGAUGAGAGCUUGGAUGAAUCCACCUACCUACUUCCAGAGAAUGAGGAGGAGCUCGAAAACUUCAUUCUCUCAGUUAUUAGAUCCAAAAGAAGAAAGCAUAUGGUAAACAAGAGAUUGAAGAAAGAACAAGAUUUAUUAAUGGAAACAAAAAUAGGGAAUUCUAUGCACAGUGUAUUCUCAGAGGAUCUAUGA